AGAAAUACCAGUAGACAGACAAAGCCUCUCAAAGUUCAAGUCAUGCAUUCAUCUGUUGUUGUACAUCAGAAUUUUGGCUUAAAAGUUUUAUCUUGGCUGGGAAGCAUUAUUGGAUACUCAGAUGGCCUUCGCCGGAUCUUGUGUCAAGUUGGAUUACAAGAAGGGCCAGAUGGUGACAGCAUUUCCCUGGUGGACAGGCUGAUGCUCAGUGAUUCCAAACUCUGGAAAGGCUCGAAUGCUCAUCACAGAAGAGAACCUAAUGACCAUCAUCAUUAAGACUUUCAUGGACCAUUUGAAGCAACAAGAUGCCCAGGGCAGAUUUCAGUUUGAACGCUACACUGCUUUACAAGCCUUCAAGUUUAGGAGAGUUCAGAGCCUUAUUUUAGAUCUCAAGUAUGUGCUGAUUAGCAAACCAACUGAAUGGUCAGAUGAGUUGAGGCAGAAGUUCUUAGAAGGGUUUGACGCCUUUUUGGAAUUACUAAAAUGCAUGCAGGGGAUGGACCCCAUCACGCGUCAAGUAGGACAGCACAUUGAAAUGGAGCCCGAGUGGGAAGCAGCCUUCACGCUGCAGAUGAAGUUAACACACGUGAUUUCAAUGAUGCAGGACUGGUGUGCUUUAGACGAAAAAGUAUUAAUUGAAGCUUACAAGAAAUGCCUGGCUGUAUUGACGCAGUGUCAUGGUGGUUAUACUGAUGGUGAACAGCCAAUCACACUAAGUCUUUGUGGACAUUCAGUGGAGACUAUCAGAUACUGUGUUUCCCAAGACAGAGUUAGCAUUCACCUCCCAGUUUCUCGCUUACUUGCAGGCUUGCACGUGCUGUUAAGCAGAAGCGAAGUGGCUUACAGAUCUCCAGAACACCUACCUCUAAGUGAACUUAGCCCUCCCAUGUUGAUAGAACAUCCUCUUAGAUGUCUUGUUUUGUGUGCCCAAGUACAUGCUGGGAUGUGGAGAAGAAAUGGGUUCUCCCUAGUAAACCAGAUUUAUUACUACCAUAAUGUGAAAUGCAGACGUGAGAUGUUUGACAAGGACAUAGUGAUGCUUCAGACAGGUGUCUCCAUGAUGGAUCCAAACCAUUUUCUGAUGAUAAUGCUCAGCCGCUUUGAGCUCUAUCAGAUCUUCAGCACACCCGACUAUGGGAAAAGAUUCAGUUCUGAGGUUACCCACAAGGAUGCUGCUCAGCAGAACAACACCCUGAUAGAAGAGAUGCUGUCCCUCAUCAUCAUGCUGGUUGGAGAAAGAUUCAAUCCUGGGGUUGGACAGGUCAGUGCUACAGAUGAAAUUAAACGGGAGAUUAUCCAUCAGUUGAGCAUCAAACCGAUGGCUCAUAGUGAAUUGGUAAAGUCUCUACCUGAAGAUGAGAACAAGGAGACUGGCAUGGAGAGUGUAAUUGAAGCAGUUGCCCAUUUCAAGAAACCUGGCCUAACAGGACGAGGCAUGUAUGAGCUGAAACCAGAAUGCACCAAAGACUUCAAUUUGUAUUUCUAUCACUUUUCAAGGGCAGAGCAGUCCAAGGCAGAAGAAGCUCAACGGAAACUGAAAAGACAAAAUAGGGAAGAUACAGCACUUCCCCCUCCGGUUUUGCCUCCGUUCUGCCCUUUAUUUGCAAGUCUGGUUAACAUUCUACAGUCUGACGUCAUGUUAUACAUCAUGGGAACGAUACUGCAGUGGGCCAUAGAGCACCAUGGGUAUGCCUGGUCAGAGUCCAUGCUGCAAAGGGUGCUACAUUUGAUUGGAAUGGCACUACAAGAAGAAAAGCAGCACUUAGAGAACGCCGUGGAUGAGCACGUGGUGACACUCACCUUCACUCAGAAGAUCUCAAAACCUGGCGAACCGCCAAACAAUUCUCCAAGCAUCCUAGCGAUGCUGGAGACGCUGCAGAAUGCUCCCUCCCUAGAAGUCCACAAAGACAUGAUUAGGUGGAUAUUAAAGACAUUUAAUGCAAUAAAGAAGAUCAGAGAGAGUUCGUCCACAAGUCCUGUGGUAGAGACAGAAGGAAACAUAAUGGAAGAGAGCUCAAGAGACAAAGACAAAGCUGAGAGAAAGAGAAAGGCAGAGAUUGCCAGACUGCGCCGAGAAAAGAUCAUGGCUCAGAUGUCAGAGAUGCAACGGAACUUCAUUGAUGAAAACAAAGAGCUCUUCCAGCAGACGCUAGACCUGGACGCCACUGCCUCUGCCAUUCUUGACAGCAGCCCCAUGGUUUCAGAUGUGGCACUUAAAGCACUGGGCCCAGCACAAACUCAAGUCCCAGAACAGAGACAGUUUGUUACCUGCAUAUUGUGUCAAGAGGAGCAAGAAGUGACUGUAGAGAGUAGGGCAAUGGUCUUGGCAGCAUUUGUUCAAAGAUCAACUGUACUGUCAAAAAACAGAACUAAGUUCAUCCAGGAUCCAGAAAAAUACGAUCCGUUAUUCAUGCAUCCAGAUCUGUCCUGUGGAACACACACUGGUAGCUGUGGGCACGUUAUGCAUGCGCAUUGUUGGCAAAGGUAUUUUGAUUCCGUUCAAGCUAAAGAACAGCGAAGGCAACAGAGGUUGCGCUUACACACCAGCUAUGACGUAGAGCAUGGGGAGUUCCUCUGCCCACUAUGCGAGUGCUUGAGCAACACCGUCAUUCCUCUCCUGCUUCCCCCAAGAAAUGUCCUUAGCAGGAGAUUAGAUUUUUCAGACCAACCAAAUCUGAUCCAGUGGAUUAGAACAGUGUCUCUGCAGAUCAAAGCAUUACAGGCUCUUAGGAAAGAAGAAAGUACUCCCAAUCCAGCAUCUUCGAAGAAUGCAGAAAAUAUGAAUGAAUUCCAGCCUCCUGAAGGCUUUAGGCCUGAUUUUCAUCCGAAGAACCCUUAUUCCGAGAGCAUAAAAGAAAUGCUGACAACAUUUGGAACGGCUACUUAUAAGGUGGGCCUGAAGGUUCAUCCCAAUGAAGAUGACCCCCGUGUGCCCAUCAUGUGCUGGGGGAGCUGUGCGUACACCAUCCAGAGCACAGAGAGAAUUUUGAGUGAUGAAGAGAGGCCAGUGCUUGGUCCUUUGCCUUGUAGGCUGGAUGACUGUCUUAGGUCACUAACAAGAUUUGCAGCAGCACAUUGGACAGUGGCAUCACUUCCUGUGGUCCAAGGACACUUCAGUAAACUUUUUGCAUCAUUAGUGCCUAAUGAGAGCUACAAAGACCUCCCGUGCAUAUUAGACAUCGACAUGUUUCAUUUACUGGUGGGUUUGGUGCUUGCUCUACCUGCGCUGCAGUGUCAAGAUUUUUCAGGGAUCAGCCUCGGCACCGGAGACCUGCACAUUUUCCAUCUGGUUACCAUGGCACACAUCGUACAAAUCUUACUUACCUCAUGUACAGAAGAAGAUGGCAUGGAUCAAGAAAAUCCCACUGGUGAAGAAGAAUUAGCAGUUCUUUCUUUGCACAAAACACUUCAGCAGUGUACUGGAAGUGCCUUGAAAGAAGCGCCUUCAGGCUGGCAUCUGUGGAAGAGUGUCCGGGCUGGGAUCCUGCCGUUCCUCAAGUGUUCUGCUUUAUUUUUUCAUUAUCUAAAUGGCGUCCCAUCCCCACCAGACCUUCAAGCUCCUGGAACAAGCCACUUUGAACAUUUAUGCAGCUAUCUUUCCCUGCCGACCAACCUUGUUUGCCUUUUUCAAGAAAACAGUGAGAUCAUGAACUCUCUGGUUGAAAGUUGGUGCUGUAACAGUGAAGUGAGGAGAUUCCUAACCAGUGAAAGAGGUGCAGUAAGCUACCCAAGAGGAUCUAACAGAUUAAUAGACCUUCCAGAGGAUUACAGCAGCCUCAUUAACCAAGCAUCCAAUUUCUCGUGUCCCAAAUCAGGUGGCGAUAAGAGCAGAGCCCCAACACUGUGCCUGGUGUGUGGAAGUCUCCUCUGCUCCCAGAGUUACUGCUGUCAGACCGAGCUGGAGGGGGAGGACGUUGGGGCCUGCACAGCUCACACCUACUCCUGCGGCUCUGGGGCCGGCAUCUUCCUAAGAGUACGGGAAUGUCAGGUGCUAUUUUUAGCUGGCAAAACCAAAGGCUGUUUUUAUUCUCCUCCUUACCUUGAUGACUACGGGGAGACUGACCAGGGCCUCAGACGGGGAAAUCCUUUGCAUUUGUGCAAAGAGCAGUUCAAGAAGAUCCAGAAGCUCUGGCAGCAGCACAGCAUCACGGAGGAGAUCGGACACGCGCAGGAGGCCAACCAGACCCUGGUUGGCAUCGACUGGCAGCAUUUAUAACCCUCCUCCACCAAAAACAUGAACUUGAGUUUUGUAACCCAGUUGGCUUUUCAAGAAAGACAAUGGGAAAUAAGUUCAGCUGAAUUUAUCUUGAAAUAAAUUCUUUAUUUAAGCUUUUCCUCCCAGUUUUAUUUUUCUAGUUUCUGGCUCCAGGGACUGAAGAAAAUCAUUUUCCAGCAGAUUUUCUCGCAUCACAUUUUGUUGCUGUGUCCCCUCAUCUGUUGUCUGGGCUUUCAGAUCCAAGGAGGAGCUGCCCAUUCUAGGCUGGAGCUUAGCUCCUCUGAGUCGGCCUGUGCCGACCUGCAGUAGCCUGAGCCAUUUCACAUCACCGACUGUUGCACCUGAGCUGGCACUGACUGAGCAGAGGCAGAAGGCAUUCCAGUGCUGUGUCGGGAUCGUACUUCCCAGUGCCUCAGCGCCUCAGACUGAGACGGGUGCUGUUCACCUGCUGACGGGACCUUACCUCUAAGAGAAGAGCGGUUGAAUUUGACGAUGGGAUCCCCUUCUGUCCAUCUCCUGAGAGGGUCAGGGACACCCCUGCAGAAGCACCAAGAGAGGAGUGGUGUAGAGUGUUGGUUGGCUUUCCACGGCUAUAGAGGGUUGGGUUUUUUGUUUUUUGGGGGGUUUUUUGUUUUUUGUUUUUGUCAAGACUUUUGGCUUUGAGAGAAAUGUUAAAUUAAAGGGCUUUUUGAAAACUUCAAGAAUCUUCUAAUUUUUCAGAUGGUAACAUUCUCUGAUCACACAGAGGCUAAACUGAGACUGUUCUCUGCGCAGCUUGGAUCGGACGCUGGCACCCUCAGCUGCGAGUGUGGUGCACGCCUGUAAUCCCAUCUCUCAGGAGGCUGAGGCAGGAGGAUCAGGAGUUCAAGACCACCCUGGACUAUAUCAAACCUUGUCUCAAAAGUGAACACUCUGUGUUUUGAGGUUCCUCUCCCCACCCAGCAUCUCCUGGGUUAGAUGUUUCGCUGCUUAGCCGCUGGCUCACCUGGUAAUCCUCAGACAGUCUGCACCCAAGCUCUUUAUUCUUUUUAGAUCCUGUUCUUACUAAGAGGUGCCUUCCCAGAGCGGUAGCCACAUAGUAGUAUCGGCACUGACACACCUCAUGCCUACUCUUGAUUCAUGUGCAGAGAGCUUGCAUACAUGCAGAGUGACAGCAGAUUCAGUAGAGGGGUGGACCCUGGUCUCCAAGGUGGGGCUGAGGGGCAAAUGAACAGUAAGAUGCUCUUGGCUUUUCUAACCAGUGCCAGUGAUCCUUUAACUUGGCCUUUUGAAUUGCAUUCUCCAGUUCUGUUCCACUCAGCAGUGCCCAGUCUACAGAACCUAGAAGUAUACACAAGUACAGUUCUCCAGGAUCAUGUGUGGAAGAGCCACCACCUCUUCAAAGGACUGACUUCAGUUAACCCUUCAUGAGACAGACUCAAGUAGCUAAAAUGAUGCAUCAUUGGAAGUCCAAAUCAGAAUCCAGGCUGUUCCUUUUUCUAGUCUUUUUCUUGACACAGUCUGAUUGUUUGGGCUGUAGAUGACAUAACUGAUUUUGACCUUUGACACAUGCAGUUUGCUUAGCUUUCAGUUCAGAUGUUUUUUGGCUUUCCACCUUGUGUUCACGAUGUUGAAACUUGAAAUCAUGAGAGCAACACUUGCCCAGCAUGGGCAAGGCCCUUGGCUCAAUCCUGGUACCCCCUACCCCCUACCCCCCCCCAAAAAAAAAAAUCAUGUGUGCAGACUUCUCCAUCUAAGUAAGCUGUAAACAUCUUCACAAGUCAUAAUGACAUUUCAGCUUUCAGGCCUGAUACCACAGGAAUUAACAGAGGGUAGCCCUGGGUUCCAUUCAUAGAAUGUCAGCAUUUUGGGCAAUUUCCAUGAAACUUGCAACUUGCACACUGUUCGUUUAUUCAUGUUAAGAUGGUCAUCUUCUUCCACGAUCAAAGCAGCUUACCUUCACAAUUUGUUUCGCAUGUUUUCUGUUUGUUGUAGAAAUGUUUAUAUAACAUGCCUUCCAUAUCAGGGAAAAUCAUGUAUGUUUAAUAAGUUGGCUAUAACUUUAAUAUCUGUGGACAACUUGUAAAAUUUGGAAUGUAUCAUAUGUAAAAAGUUUUAAGAUAGUCAAAUAAAUGCUUUAGGUGUUGACAUUA